UAACUUUGCACUUUGUGACAAAUAUAGCCAAAUUCGGAGAAAUACACAGAAAUAGCCAUUCCAUCCAAUAAUGUAACAGAAAACAUAACGCAUGCUGACUAGACAAACGAACCCAAAUGGCCGCGUUCAAUUUGGUCUACGUGUAUGCCAACGUGGAAAUGAAUUUAUUAUUUUUCAUUAAUUAGUUUUUACCCUACUUUACCAAAUUUUCAUCCUUUCGCAGACCCCCCCCCCCCCUUCGUUCUUUCACCCUACCCAGCAGAACCCUAAAUCUCCACCCCCCACUCUCGAUUCUCUUCGCCGGUGACUGUGAAUUGACCAACACAGUCAUCCGGUCAUCUCGCCUUGGUCGACGUGUCCUCUCGCCUCAUUGAUCUGGUCAUCGAACUUCCCUCCAUACCCAUCUCAAUUGACGAACACAGAGGUGGUGACUCGCCAUCAACCAGCUUAAUAGCAAGAUCCGGCGUCGCUUCCAGUCGUCGACGGCGAAGAGGAUAAGGGGACGAAGCUCGAACUAUCGAUUCCGGUAAAAAAAUCCAGAGACGAAGCUCGAACCCUAAUCUGUUAUCGGUAAGUAAUCCUCGCCUCUUCCUCUGCCCCUCGAUUCUGUCGAGGGUUGACACUUCAGAGGGAUGUGAGAUGCCGAGGGAUGGGAGAAUCAGAGGGAUGGAUGGGAGAUGCGGGUUCACACUGCGAGUCGAGGAAGAUGGAAGCCGAUUUCGGAAUCACACCCACGGCGUCGAGGGAUGGGAGAAUCGGAAUCACACCCACGGCGUCGAGGGUUUUCGCCGGAUUGACACUGCCGCUGCGAGGAAGAUGGAAGCCGAUUUCGGCUUUUUCUGGGAGGAGGGAAGAUGAAAUCGAAAAUCAGAUGGAGGAGAAGUAGCUGGAAGAUCGGCUAGGUUUAAUUGCCCCAAACGAUUCUCUCCUCCGGAUGACGUGGCGCUUUGGUGGCAAAUUCAGUCCUGUUGGCGCCGACGUGGAGGUUGUAGGUUGGCCACGUCAGCUAAGCGAACAUGUAAUUAACGGCGUCCCUGACGUCGUCACAUUUAAAAACGGAAAUGGCUAUUAUUGUCAACGCAUUUUCAAAUUUUUGGCUAUUUCUGUGUAUUUCUCCGAAUCUGGCUAUAUUUGUCACAAAGUGCAAAGUUAUGGCUAUGUAAGUGAAUUUUGCCAUAAAAAAAAACGUUGUGAAUU